AUGGAAUUGUAUGUGGAUGAUUGUGUGAAUGAAGCAAGGGAUGAAAGGGCCGAAACAAGAGCUUCUGCAAGUGAAGCUAGAAGGCUAGAGUCAGAGUUAGUUGCACUGCAGAUUAAAUUAGCGGAGCUUAGGAGUGAUGCAGGAAAUACUUCCCAAUCAGUUCCUAAAGUCAGGAUACCUCCUAUCCCACCUUCUCAGGAUGGGAAGGAUGAUAUUGAUAGCUAUCUAUGUCGUUUUGAAAGACAUGCCGUUAGUGUAGAUUGGAACACUGAUGUUUGGGCUUUAGUAGUGUCCGCUUUGUUAACAGGGAAAGCACUUCAGAUUAUUUCACGACUUACAGUAGAUGAGGCUAAGAAUUAUAAUGCAGUAAUGACCGCCUUAUUGAAGGGUUAUGAUUUAAUGGAGGAGGGAUGUAGGUUGAAGUUUCGGCAUGCAAAAAUCCAAUCAGGAGAAACGUAUAUUCAAUUUGCAUCUAGGAUUGAAAAAUACUUUGAUAGAUGGCUAGAACUUAGUCCCUAUGAUAGUAGUAUAGAUGGGAUGAAGAGUCUCACACUACAGGAGCAAGUGUUGGAUACAGGCAACAGAGAGUUGUUAAUGUUCAUCAAGGAACGACAACCUUCGAGUUUGCAGAAUCUUUUAAUCCUUGCAGAUCAGUAUAGAGAUGCUCACUCAGACCCACGGACACAUAGAAUAAGAGACAGACCGUCUACAGAAACCCAGCAGUCUGAAGGGAGCGGUUCAAAGAGUCAUGGACGGGAGAGUCAGUCUCUUGGUGGCAAGACCAUGCCGAGGUCGAGCCAAAGGGAAGAGAGGACCUGCCACGUAUGCAAGAAAGUUGGACAUCUUUCUUGGAACUGUCCCCAGAGGAAGAGACCAGAGAAAGGAGCAAGCAUGAGUGUUGGCGGACCUAGCAGCGAACCAGCUGUUACGGGAACAGGCAACGUCGAGUCAGGAUCGACUAGUUUGAAUGGCCGCUCGUUUGCAGAGAACCACGAAGGUAUAUGUAUCAUCGAUUUCAAAUCUCCAGUUAUAGAGCGGAAUCUCACUGAAGAUGGAAUGGGGGUAAAGUUGGCAGGAGGAGAGAUCUUUCCACUACUUUCUGCAGCGGCAUGUGGAAUACAAGAGGACGAUUUGAAAGUUUGCAAGGGCCUUGUGAAUGGUGCAUUGGUAGAUAUGCUACGUGACACAGGCUGUUCCACGGUCGUGGUGCGAAGGGAUUUGAUACACCAUACUACACAGGCGAAGUGGAGGCCCUGUGUUAUGAAUCCAUUGUACGACUUGGUAUUCGGACAAGUGUCUGGCGUUAGGAAAUCGGACGACCCUGACCCUGACUGGACACCACGGUAUCAUCGUGCGAAUGCAGUGGAAACCAGGGAACAGAAGAGGCAAGCAGCACGGACCAGGCCUCCCCUUCAUGUGCCCAAGCCAUUCGAUGAUGCAGUGGUUGUUGAAGAUUUGAUCAAAGUCCAGGCCGAGGAUGAAUCUUUGUCCACAGCAAGGAAGUUUGCAGAUACGGGAGAAAAGAAGAUCAGUCGGCAAGGGAACUGUUUUUUAGAAGUGUGUGGACCCAUUUGA